CUCCUUCCCGGCAGCGCCGCCAUCUUGGCUGGAGCCGUGAGGGAGCCGCGGCCGCCGCUGCCCGCCCCGCCCGCUCCGCCGCCAUCGCGGCCCGGCCGCCGCUCCCCGCCUGCCUCCCUCCCUCGGCCGCGGGCAGGAGGGGCCGCCCGGGGCCUGGCGGCCGCGGAGAGAUGAGCAGCAGCAGCAGCAAUAAGAGGGCCCCCACCACAGCCACGCAGAGGCUGAAGCAGGAUUACCUGAGGAUCAAAAAGGAUCCAGUGCCUUACAUCUGUGCUGAGCCCCUGCCCUCCAACAUCCUGGAAUGGCACUACGUGGUGCGAGGGCCCGAGCUGACCCCCUAUGAAGGUGGAUAUUACCACGGAAAAUUAAUAUUCCCUCGAGAAUUCCCUUUCAAACCCCCCAGUAUUUAUAUGAUCACCCCCAAUGGAAGGUUCAAGUGCAACACAAGGCUCUGUCUGUCCAUCACGGAUUUCCACCCGGACACCUGGAACCCGGCCUGGUCGGUCUCCACCAUCCUGACGGGGCUGCUGAGCUUCAUGGUGGAGAAGGGCCCCACCCUGGGCAGCAUCGAGACCUCCGAGUUCACCAAAAGGCAGCUGGCUGCACAGAGCUUAGCAUUUAAUUUAAAAGACAAAGUCUUCUGUGAGCUCUUCCCUGAGGUGGUGGAGGAGAUGAAGCAGAAGCAGAAGGCCCAGGAGGAGCUGAGCUCCAGACCCCCCUCUCUGCCCCUGCCCGACGUGGUGCCGGACGGGGACGCGCACCUGGGGCACAACGGGCACGCGCUGCUGCCCGGGCACGGCGCGCCGGCGGCCGGCGCGGCCGGGGGGCUGCAGCAGCCCCCCAGGAACCACGGACUCUUGGGGGGAGCCCUGGCGAACUUGUUUGUCAUCGUGGGCUUCGCCGCCUUCGCCUACACAGUCAAGUACGUGCUGAGGAGCAUCGCCCAGGAGUGAGGGCUCAGAGCCCAAACGUGGGGCUGGGGGGAUCGGGGGCUGGGGGCACUUUGGGGUCCGGCCCCGCCGGGGGCUUGGGGACCUUUGGUCUGGGGAGUUCUCCUCCAGCUGGGCGUGGACGUCGGAGAUCUUCAGAGUUUGACUCGGCUGAGUUUUCAAUUCAGGUUCAGUUGGGAUUCUUGGGUGGAAAAUUUGGGGUUUUUGUCCUUGCUGGGUCCUGGUGGGGCUUGGUGACCAACGUUGAUUUGUAGAGUUCUCCUCCAGCUGUGCUUUGAACAUUGAAGAUCUUCAGCAAAUUUGAUUCUGUGGAGUUUUCAAUUCAGGAUCAGUUGGGACUCCUGGGGUGGAAAAUUUGGGGUUUUUUUGCCCUUCCUGGGUCCUGGUGGGGUUUUGGGUUGGGAAAUCAAAAUGUUGUUGGGGAGCCACGUUGAUUUGUAGAGUUCUCCUCCAGCUGUGGUUUCAAAAUUGAAGAUCUUCAGCAAAGUUUGACUCCGUUGAGUUUUCAAUUCAGGAUCAGUUGGGAUUCCUUGGGAUGGAAAAUUUGGGGUUUUUGUCCUUGCUGGGUCCUGGUGGGGCUCGGUGACCAACGUUGAUUUGUAGAGUUCUCCUCCAGCUGUGAUUUGAACAUUGAAGAUCUUCAGCAAAUUUGAUUCUGUGGAGUUUUCAAUUCAGGAUGAGUUGGGACACUUUGGGUGGAGAAUUUUGGGAUUUUUUUUGCCCUUCCUGGGUCCUGGUGGGGUUUUGGGUUCAGAAGUCAAAGCAUUGUUGGUGACCCACGUUGAUUUGUAGAGUUCUCCUCCAGCUGUGAUUUGAACAUUGAAGAUCUUCAGCAAAGUUUGACUCUGUGGAGUUUUCAAUUCAGGAUGAGUUGGGACUCUUUGGGUGGAAAUUUUGGGAUUUUUUUUGCCCUUCCUGGGUCCUGGUGGGGUUUUGGGUUCUGCUCGUGGUGGCCUUGGCCCACAGAGCCAAGUACGUGCUGAGGAGCAUCGCCCAGGAGUGAGGGCUCAGAGCCCAAACGUGGGGCUGGGGGGAUCGGGGGCUGGGGGCACUCUGGGGUCCGGCCCCAAACGUUUGGUCUGGGGAGUUCUCCUCCAGCUGGGCGUGGACGUCGGAGAUCUUCAGAGUUUGACUCGGCUGAGUUUCCAAUUCAGGAUCAGUUGGGACUCCUGGGGUGGAAAAUUUGGGAUUUUUGUCCUUGCUGGGUUCUGGUGGGGCUCGGUGACCAACGGUGAUUUGUGGAGUUCUCCUCCAGCUGUGAUUUGAACAUUGAAGAUCUUCAAGAAAUUUUGACUCCAUUGAGUUUUCAGUUCAGGAUCAGUUGGGAUUCUUUGGGUGGAAAUUUUGGGGGUUUUUUGCCCUUCCUGGGUCCUGGUGGGGUUUUGGGUUCAGAAGUCAAAGCAUUGUUGGUGACCCACGUUGAUUUGUGGAGUUCUCCUCCAGCUGUGGUUUCAAAAUUGAAGAUCUUCAGCAAA